AGUCAUGAGCUGUCAAGCUGCAGAGCUAACCUACCUCACUGGGGACAGUUCAGUAAACAACACACAUGAACUCCUGUGUGUCCUUGGCACCUCCAACUUCAGACAUCCACAGGAAGCUGCCUUUGGAAUAAGGUUUCUUCUCAUGCUAGGCUUCUGACUUGCUCUAGUAUUGCUUUGAAAGGCAAGACACAUUGUUUUCUUUGGUCCAUGGAAUUCCCAUUUUUUCAUGGAAAGAUAACAAGAAGAACCUGUGAAGAGUUACUGAGCAAGAAGAAAAAGAAUGGCAGCUAUUUAAUACGGGAGAGUGAGAGUGUGGAAGGAGCCUUGUGUCUCUGUGUUUUUUUUGAAGGCCUCAUCUACACUUACCGUAUCUUCAGAGAAGACCAAGGAUAUUUUAGAAUACAGACUUCUGAAGGUGUUCCAGAGAGGACCUUCAAAACAUUAAAGGACUUAAUAUAUGCUUUUGAAAAGCCAAAUCAAGGACUGAUAACAAAGCUCCGCUACCCAGUGAAGAAACCAAAGGCCCUGCAAAGAAGCCAGAGGUUCAAGUCAGAAAUGGACAAUGUUUAUGAUGAAGCUGAUGACAGCGCUGAUUAUGUUGAUGUCCUGCCCUGAAGGAUCUGCGCCUGAUGGUUUCGGAAGCUGCCAUUCCAGGACGUGCCCCGGCACAGGGCCUCAGCUGGGGAGAGCUUCCAGCUGGGUGUCCUCUGCUCUACAUCUGGAAUUAACUCCUCCUUUUGCAGACGGUCAGAGCAGCUGUAUCUUCAACCAGUAGAUCCAGUACAAGCUAUUAUGCAUGUUUGCUCAGCAAUAAAUAAGUAUUUUUGUUACAGACACAAACACACACACGUAGGUAUGGGGGAAGGUGUCCAUGUAUGUGUCUUCUGGUGGUUUUUAGCCAGCAAAUUGUCCAAGAUGUUGACUGCUAGAGUGAACACUCUGCUAGAGGGCAGCAAUAUAAAUAUAUUAAAUGAAUAGGCAUAAAGCAGUAAUUUAUGGCAGAAUUUAUAGGUGUUGAUAAAAAUCAUAUAUGACAUUUUAAGAUGCUUUUAAACCCCAAACUCUGUUAUUUUGCACAUGAUUCAUGUUACCAAUUAGGUUGGAGGAGUGAAUAGUAUUUCAGCAAUGUCAAGGAAUACUAGUAGUCAGUAGCUUGAAUAAUGCAAAUUAAGACAAAAAUGCUGUGUUAAAUCCAUGCCAUAAAAAAUAAAUAACCAACCAGAGGAAAAUGCUUUGAAAUAUUUUGACGUUGAGGAACGGCUCUGGCAGAUUACAAGAGGAUUACAAUUUGUACAUACAUGUCAGCAUGAACACAUCCUUUUUUUAAUAGGUUCUGUACUUAUGGGUAUACUUACUCCAUUUGAUUUUCUACUUCCAUCAGUUCUGUAUUAUGUAUAUGUCUUUUGUUGCUUUUGUUGUUUACUUGUUUUUAAUGCAAAAAUUUGCUUUAAUAUUAACCCAAUUUUAAAUAGUUAAUAAAUAGUUCUGAAGGUGGCCUGCAACUAGCAGCCACAGCCAAAACUGG